AUGCAUAAUUUAUUUAUAAAGGAGAAACUAAAAAGUAUUUCUAUUAUUUCUCUGCCGGGUGGGUACGAGGCGUACACCUGGGCAGAUGACUCGUUAUAUUUAAGAGAGUCACCGCAGAGGAAAGAGAUCCAUUUAGAAGAGAAACGGGUUGAUUCCAACAUGUUUAUUGCUGUGCAGAGCACCACGGAAACAACGAUUUACGGCUGUGUGGGUGUACGGAUGACUCCGAUCCUGUCGGAUUUUUACAUUCCGAUGCCGUGCGGAUCGGUUUAUUUUUAUGAUAAGAUGAGGAAUCUGCUUAAUGCGGACAUUUCAACGGGGGUUGAAGGGUAUUUCAAUCAGCAUGUUAAAUCCGAUCCGAUUCCAUUUUAUCCUGUUCCACUGACCACGCACUCCGGGGUGUUCAAGUACUACAACUUUAAAGAGCUUAAGAAUACGCAGAGAAGGACAUUUUUAGUAAAGAAGAUCCGGAUAGAGGAGCGUGUUCCAGAGGCAGAUUCACAAGUAGAGGAUACAGUACGGUCACAGAUUGGACAGAAUUACAGUAUGUUUAAGGAUGUACUGAACAGAGCAUUUACGCAGAGGCCUAUCUGGCCGAUUAAAGGCAUUGAGAAGUACUUUAAGGAGCACCAGAAAGACUUUCAGUCGUGGAAAUGGUCAUCUGUUAAGAAUAUACUUGCAUGCAUUGCGUAUACGUACUCUACAGGCCCAUGGAAGAAGCUUUGGGUUAAGUACGGGUAUGACCCCAGGAAGGAUCCAAGCACGUAUAAAUAUCAGGUAUAUGUAUGGAAGAAUGUAUCAAAAGCAUUCGUUAUCAUGGACAAUCCAGAGGUAUACGAUAAGAUAGAAGAAACAGAAGGGUUUACACAGAAAGUAUUUUCAGUCAGGACGGGUUUCCUCACUGACCAGGCGCUUAAUUACAUGCACAAGAAAUUCUCUGAGAUGUCCAUGCCCGCCCCGGAGACGUCCACUGGCAAAUUGGACUUAUUCGACAACUUAGACUUUGAAACCUUAGAUGACUAAAAUUCAUACGAGACCAAGACUUAUUACCAUAAAACCAC